AUGGUGAUGAAUACAACCGGCAACCAGCCUCUCCAUUCACAUGCUGGACUUGUGAUAAUCUCUUUGAUUGUUGCUGCCAUAAUCACAGUAACAGUGGUUGGCAACAUCUUUGUGAUCCUAGCUUAUUGUCGAGAUCCACGCAUACGUGAGAAAGUGGCCAAUCUCUUAAUCUUAAAUCUCGCCAUUACGGAUUUGAUUGUCGGUGUCUUCAGCCUGAUCUUCAAUUUCUCAAGGUUUAUUCAUAGGUUCUGGCCGUAUGGUGAGAUCGUCUGCAAAUUAUGGACCAUCCUGGACUUCACAGUGUGUUGGAUGUCCAUUAUCACCAUCGUCCUGAUCAGCUGGGAUCGCUACACUCUAGUCAGGUUAGGCAUUGGAUAUAAAGCCUACCAGACGAAGAAACGUGUAGGUCUUAUCCUCAUCUCCUGUUGGAUUAUCGUGGUUAUCUACUGGUCCUUGAUUGCGUUCACCUGGGGUCCUAUCAAGGGAAUGAAAGCAAUUCAUUAUGAUACAACCUGCAGAAUGGAAUUUAAUUACACACGUUUUGCGCCUCUAUUCAUCAAUUUAAUUCCAUUUAGCAUCUUACUUUCCAUUGCGAUCGUAAUGAAUGUUUCCGUAUACAUCAACAUCUACAAUAGAUCGAAGGGUAUCAACUCUCCAUACAGCAACAGAAAGCCUCCAACCCAACCCAUUGAACAGUGUACCACUGAAUCCUCCUGUCGUUACACGCCUUCUGAAGGAUCGGCAUUCCUUGAACAGGCCGACGAAGUAAAGCCUCCAAACACCAUGAAAGCAACCAAUGAACCGGUCGGGUCUAGACCGGAAAGACGGGUGCCUGACUACAGUGAAAUAGCAAGAAGUAUGAAAAAGGAGAAAAUGACACUCGCAAGGCAUCGGAAAGCAGCCAUCGUUUUGACCAUACUCACUGGAUGUUUUACUCUAUUCUGGUUACCAUACAAGAUCAUGACCGUGGUCUUUUCAUUAUGUGGAUCCGACUGCGUUUCCGAUGCCCUUUGGGAGGUCACCGAAGUCUUGGCGUGGUGCAACUCAACCAUUAAUCCAGUCAUAUAUGCCGCUUUCAGCGUGCGCUAUCGUAAGAACUUUCGUUACUUUCUGCAGCUGGACCGAUGCAAAUGCGAUGCAAGAAAGUGA